GCGUACAGGCCGCCACCAUGAGCCGAGUGGUGACCAUCGACCAGCCUCCUCCUCAGCAUCCCCGGUUCCGGCUAAGGCCUGGGCUUGGGGGUUCAGUAGCCAGUGGGCGACUGUAUGACUACCUGUACGAUCCAUUGUUUAUAGUAUCAAGUGCAAAGGACCAUGCACAGGCUAAUAUCCAGGCUACUGUGAUGAGAAACCAAUUGAAAAAAGUUCCCAGGUUUAGAGCUAUGUUUAGUACCCUGCAGAAUUAUCCAAGAUGCACGGUGUUUUUGAACCCCUCACAUCCUAUCCCACUAUUUAUUGAUCGAGAAUGGCGAGGAUGGGCGGAGCAACGUAAAGAAGCUCUCUACAAACUUGCAGCUACGGACCCUUCUUUUAAGAUGCCUAAAGAAGAGCACGAAGACCCUCAAGUUACUGGAAAGAAUCGCUAUAAAUAUUUUGAAUGGCCUUUUCUUCCAUUUUAUAAGCAGAUGCCACUCAAUGUUGUUCUUGCAACACCAAAGCAAGAUAUUCCACACAGCUAUAUUACUACAGUCAAGAAAUCACAGUCACACAUUGCUUUGGUGCAUACUCAAGGCACCCAGACAGAUUAUCGGGAUAGCGAAACUCAAACAGAUCCAUAUACACCAGAAUAUGUAGUAUGCCAGGAAACCAUCCCUGAGAUCUUGACCCUGGCUACUCUCACUUGGGGUAGAGGCCUUCCAGCAGGCCUAGCUGAAGUAGAGAUGAUUGAACGUGCCAGAGAGAAACGUGCUUGGGAAGCCACUCUUCCACCUCUGAGUAAUGACUUAUUAUUCAAUAAGAGGAGAAAAAUGAUGAAUGACAUGGAAAGGAAGGAAUGGGCUUUUAGAGAACAUGAAAUUGAAAAACUACAGGAGCUUCAGCUGGAGGUCUUGAAACAUCUGUUGAAGAAACGUGAAGAGGAUCAAAAUGAGGUGAACAUAAAGCGUUUGAAUGCCCAGUGGUCUGAACUUCAGGAAGAAAGGGAAAUGAAAAUGUCAAGAAUUAGACAUGCUCAUGUAACAGCAAUCAGAAAGAUGACAAAGAAGGGAAGAAAUGUAGAAGGGAAAUUAGAGAGAAGAGACAUCAUCCGUGACUAUAAUGAUUUUGCAUCUCAAGCCUAUGGACCUCUUUCUCGAUUGGGUCGCUUUCCAGACAACAAUUCAGAGCGUUUUGUUGUCAAAAACCACUUUCUCAGCACCUUUGAGGGAAUACUUGAACUUGAGUCCACCCUCCCAGAUUUUGUAACACAGCCUCGGAUCAAAACUCCAAAACCCAAAGCUAUCACCACGAAGAAUAAUUUUCUUAAAAAGGCAGCAAGACUGGAUCUUGAGUUAGCUGAAGUUCACCAGGCACUAUUGGAAAAGAAGAGGAAAGUUCCUGAACCAAAGAAAAAACUCUUCUUUCUUCAGAGAAGACCAGUACCAGUAGCUCGACUUCCAACACCAACCUUGGAAAUGUGUUCUUCUGAAGAAGAGGACAUUGAAAUGGCGAUCGUCUACUUGCAAAAGUUGCUUCGUGGCCGGGUCAUCCAGAACAUGAUGUUUGAGGGAAAAGAAAAGCGGUUGGAAUUGAUCCAGGAAUUGCGCACCAGCCAUUCGCUUCAAGAAGAUGACAGACUGGUGAAAAAACUGGAGAAGCAAGUGACGCUGGCCUUGCAGCGGCAGCGGAACUUGCACGAGGAGAAGAUGUCCAUGAUUGAAGAUUACUUAGCUGGACUGGAAGGGAAGUCCCUAGCAGACAUGUUUGACUUCCUCUCCAAAGAACUCAUCCGGCUGCAGGAGGAGAGGCGGAUCCAUGCUUUUGCCAUGCUUGCGGAAAGGCAGCGUCGCAUUCGAGAAGCGGAGGAGAGUGGCCGUCGCCAGGUGGAGCAGAGGCGCCAACGAGAAGAGGAUCAGAUAUUCAAGGAGGUGAUUAAAGUUCACCAGAGUACCGUUACCUCCUAUCUGGAAGACAUAAUACUAAACACUGAAGAAAGCACAGCAGAAGAGCAGGCCCGGGAAGAAAUUCAGAAGAUGGCUGAGGAAAUCAAUGACAUUGCUUACGAAAUAGAGAAUCGUCGAACUCAUCUUCAAUCAGAAGAGAUUGUUGCAGAGCUGGUUUAUAGUUUCCUGAUUCCAGAAGUUCAGAAAACAUUUGUGAAGGAGAAAGUGAGGAAUUUGCAAAAGAAGCACAUUCGUGCAGCUCAUCAGAUCAUCCACCAAAAUACUGAAAAAGUCAUCCAACAGUCUCAGAAGGAGCUAACCUUGACUUUCAAACCAAGAGCAGAAUCAGAGAUUGAUAAGAUGUAUGCCAGAUUUCAAGCCAAAAAAGAAAAAAGAAGCAAAAAAGACAAAAAAGACAAAAAGUCUGAUUAAGAAAACCAGAAUCAAUCUAAAUGUCCAAUAAUAGGGGAAUGGUUAAAUAAAUCAUGGUGCCCUGAUGUAAUGGAAUUCUCUAGUGUAAUUCAUGCCAACCAGUAAAAGGAAUGCAAAGAAACCUGGAAAACCUUUUUGAAAUCAAGCAAAGUGGAGACAAAACAAAACAAAAACAAAAACAAAAACCCCACCAGUCUGAAGAACACAAUCUAUGCUAGCACAACCAUAUAUAAGGGGAAAUAAAUGAAAGAUAAUUAAACUAAGACACCCAAUGGAGUAUUAGUUCUGGUGUCAGAAGACCAAAAUUCAGCUCAGACCUGAGUUUACUCUCCAUGUGCCUCUGGGCAAGUCACUUAAGCUCUGCUAGUUCCCUGCAUCUCCCCAUCUGUAAAAAGAGGAGGCUGGACUAGGGGGCCUCUGGCGGUUCUUAGAACUCUCACUGACCAGUGACUAUGACAGAUUUAGAGCUUGGAGUAACUCAAAGGUUUAUGGCACUUAAUGCAUUGAUAUUAAUGUAAAUGUAAAUUGUUACAAAGCAAGUUUAAUUGGUUACAUUGAUGUUUAAUAAGAUUGUUUCAUGUAAUGUAUCAGCUUUGACAAUAAAAAUAUAAAUAAAAUCAUGAUUCAUGAA